AUGGAUAGACCGGACGUCGAGAUGGCGGACGUCGAGCAGGUGCAUCCACUCCAGACGCGGUUCGAGGACGCAGAGGAUCUGGUCGCAGCGUUGCCAUUGAACGGAUCGUCGUCUGACGAGGCGAUUCGAGCGUUCCAGGCCAUUAUUGCUUACGCCGAAGAAGACGCCGCGCUGGAGCACGUGCAGCGUGUGCAGGAGCACGCGAUCUACAAACUGGCGCAGCUGUACAUCCAGUUUGGCCGCGAAAAAGAGCUGGCUACGCUGCUGCAGUCGCUGCGGCCUCUCUUUGCCACGUUGGCCCGCGCCAAGACGGGCAAGAUUGUGCGCACAGUGAUUGACAUGGUGGCCAAAGUGAAGGUGCUGGACGCGGAGAAGGCGCUGCAGCUACAGGCUGACCUGUGUCUCGACUCGAUCGAAUGGUGCAAUCGCGAGAAGCACACGUUCCUGCGUCAGCGCGUCGAGGCGCGUCUGGCCUCUAUCUACUUUCAGCAGAACAAAUUCCAGCCGGCGUUGGAUCUCAUUACCGAGCUGCUCCGCGAGAUCAAGAAGCUGGACGACAAGCAGUUGCUGGUAGAAAUCCACCUCGUGGAGAGCAAGCUGCAUCACGCGCUGCGCAAUGUACCCAAGGCCAAAGCAGCGCUGACUGCGGCGCGUAGUAUUUCCAACACGAUCUACGUCGUGCCGCGCACCCAGGCGCAGAUUGACCAGAUGUCGGGCAUCCUCCACGCGGAAGAAAGCGACUACAAGACAGCUUACUCGUACUUUUUCGAGGCUUUCGAAGCACUGGCGACUUUAGAUGAGGUAGAGGGGUUGAAGUGCCUCAAGUACAUGCUGCUCGCGAAGAUUGCUAGCGGCGGUGCGAGCGAGGUGACUCUCAUCAUGAACAGUAAGCAGGCAAUGAAGUAUGUCGGCAUCGAUUUGGAGGCGAUGCAGGCGGUCGGCAAGGCGCACGAACAGCGCUCCCUGGAGCAGUUUGAAGCUGCGACGAAGAAAUACGCACUUCAGCUUGCGGAUGAUGCACUGAUCAAGAACCACCUGGGCAAGCUGUACGAGCAGCUUCUCGAGAGCAACCUGAUCAAGAUCAUCCAGCCUUUCUCCUGCGUCGAGAUUGCACACGUUGCCAAGUUGAUCAAGCUGCCACUGUUACAGAUCGAGUUAAAGUUAUCGCAAAUGAUCCUGGACCACAAAUUCCACGGCAUUUUGGACCAGGGCAAAGGGCAGUUGAUCGUCUACGACAGUCCCAUUGACGAUAAAACAUAUGCCUCCGGUCUGGGUGUCAUUGAGAACGUCGGGCACAUCGUAGACAACCUUUUCCGACGUGCCGACAAGCUGCACGCGUAG